GAUGAUAUCAAUUGCCCCUGCUCCACCCCUUUGUUCUUCUCUUCUCCCUCCUCUAGCACCGAACCGGACCGGGACUGAUAGUUUUACGUCAUCGGCUACGUCAUGGGGAGGAAGUCUGUUCGUGCAAAGGAGAAGAAACAAAAGCGCCUAGAGGAACGGGCUGCUAUGGCAGCGGUGUGUGCCAAAGUUCAGGCAGCCAACCAAUUAGGGGACCCUCUUAGUGCUUUUCCUGUCUUCAAGAAGUUUGACAGGAAUGGGUUGAAUCUUUCAAUAGAGUGUUGCAAAGUGUCUGAUUUGGAUCAGAAGACUAUAGACUGGGCUUUUGAACUCACAAAGACAAAUAUGCAGCUAUUGUAUGAGCAGAGUGAGUGGGGAUGGAAAGAAAGGGAGAAGAGGGAAGAACUGACAGAUGAACGUGCCUGGUAUCUCAUUGCCAGGGAUGAGCUUGCAGCUCCAGUUGCCUUUGUGCAUUUUAGAUUUGACGUGGAGUGUGGAGAUGAAGUCCUUUACUGUUAUGAAGUUCAGCUAGAGACCCAUGUCCGCAGGAAAGGAGUAGGGAAGUUCCUGGUACAGAUCCUACAACUAAUGGCAAAUAGCACACAGAUGAAGAAAGUUGUCCUUACAGUGUUUAAACACAAUCACGGUGCUUACCAGUUCUUCAGGGAUGCCUUACAGUUUGAAAUAGAUGAGACAUCUCCAAGUGUAUCUGGUUGCUGCAGUGAUGACUGCACUUAUGAGAUUUUAAGCAGAAGAACAAAGUUUGGAGACACCCCUCACUCACACACAGGACAUUGUGCGGGUUGCUGUCACUAAACAAAGUGGAGGAUGGACAUGGGAGGGGUUGGAAUAAGCAGUUGUCUUUUUGUUUCUCUAUAUUUUCCCCUUUUUUAUUUAGUUGUUUGCUUUGCUACUGUGCACAUGCGUGUAAUUCACACGCCACACAAGUUUGUUUUAAUGGUAAAUAAAUUCUCAUUGGAAACCUGACUAUUUUAUACUUAAAUAAGUUGUAAGCCAUCUAUAAAGAGGCAAAUGGUAAUUGGCUUAUGUAAUCUAUAUAAAUGCCCAGUAUGUAAAUCAUUUGUUCCUUAUGGCUAGAGGCCGGUACUGAGGUUUGGCAGAAUCUCCCAUUAUAUUUGCAAGUAGCAGUGUUUGAAAUUUAAAAAUCUAUUUUGAUUUCUCAUUAUUUUCUCAGAUUUUGAGGCUAAUAUAUUACCAGCUAUUUAAACCAAGCAGUUUCGAUUAAGGGAUACUGUUGUUGUAAUAACAAGUAAAAACAAUUUGUAAUACUGUGCAGUUUUGAGGAAAAGGUUUUUUUCUUUAAUUUUGCUGGAAAACUGGCACUUUUAAAAUGAGGGAAUACCCAAAGUGCUCAAUGCUGCCUCCCAUUCACUUUUUAAGGUCUGUGGGGUGGGGAAGUGGGGGGUUGUUGACUGUCACUGCUAUUUAGGUAAAACCAGCUGUGGAUAAAAUGCCCCUUUCUAGCAAUAUGAAAUGAAAAAUGCAAUGACAAAUGCACACAGAGCAAAGACAGAUCUGCAUGGCCAAACUCUCACAUAAGUGUUUUUGCUGCAAAGGUCUGCCUUUCCCUUGCGCCACCAUUUUGUGAUGUCUGUGUUCUCUGUCUGUGAGAUCAAAAGAUGGCCAUGCACCAUAAGAUUUGCUUAUAAACAAACUAUCUGACACAACACAUUCUAAUAGUGUCAUGUGGAAUUUUACCAGGCUCUCACUUUACAGGAGUGGCUAAUGGUCUGAAUCCUUUGCUAUUCCAUUACAAGGUAAAACUGGCAAAACUGUCUGUCCCUUCCUUUUUUUCUGUUAAAGGUAGGAAAAAUUGCAGGUUCUCCUGUUUGGAAGAGUCGUUCCCUAUUUCCCUGUAAAUAUUUCACUCCUGUCUCUUCCUGUGGACAUUUCUCUUAAGAAAACUGGGCAAAAGUAAAAUUAAGUUCACUUAUAGGAGAAUGUGAUGACUGUAAUAAAAUACCCUUAAAGCAUUCAAAGUGUCUUGGUUUGGUGAGGCAAGUUUAAUCAGAAUUCAGAAAUGUUUUCCAUUACUUGACCCACUUUAAUAUUUAUGUAACAUAUACCAUUAAAAAAAUGUUUGUGAUACAGCAGA